UUCAAACUGCCGCGUUUGUACGGCACAAAUACAAAAAUACGAUUAAAUGCCAAAUUUCGCGCGCCGCAGCGACGAUAAAAAUUCUCUCAGAUGUGUCUAUUUCGAAAAUUAUGGAUUGUAACGAUAACGUUAGCGUUAUUUCUGGACCAAGAUGUCGUAUAUGUCUGUCGGACGAGAGCCCCGAACUAAUAAUGCCAUGUAAUUGCGCAGGAACAAUGGGACUGGUUCACGCACACUGCCUAGAACACUGGGCCUCGAUCAGUUGCCGAUUAUGUUGCGAAAUUUGUAAAUGCAAGUAUCGAGGUCAACGUCAACUCAAAUACGGAAUCAUUACGUCGAUAAUACCGUUCAUCAGGGCGAACUGGAGUUUCUCCAGGGUAUUGGUUUUCAUUCAAGCGUCCAUUCUGUUCGCUAUUGUUAAUAUGGAAAUCGGAAAAUACGGAUUUAGCGUCGACGAUCCGGAUUUCCCCAGACCUUCGUCGUUAUUUUUACUGUGGGCUUUGAUAACCUUCAAUUUACUCGUGUAUUAUAUCAGUUUCAACAUCGUCAGCGUUCUAGAAUCGUGGAAUACGUGGAGGCGAAGUCAGUUUAUAUUUUUAUUGAGUAGAACACUCGAUUAGCCCUGAACGCAACUAAUCGUAUGGCAAUCAAAAUUUUUAACACUGUGAUACAAUUUUUUUUUUAGUGAUUUAUGUAGAAAUUAAAAUAUUUAUCUUGGUGUUUGAAA